AUGACAGCUUUCCCUCUGGAAGGCGGCGUGCAAGUCGUUGGCGGCAGCGAAACAGAAAAAUUUGGUCUGAGGGUUUCGUUGAAAGUGGAGCCGCAUUUCGACUUAGAACGAAAGCUGAAUUGGACGAUUAUUUCUGCAUCUAUUCAAAACAACGGUCCUCAUUUCGUGGAGUUUCUCUUUGCCGCUCUGCUUACCGACUGCCAGAACGAGCGAAACACUUCGCUGGAUGUUGUAGGAAAUGCCCUUUGUUCUUUUUUCUGCUCUCGGAGGGGAAAGCGGCCUCUAGCACAAGAAGAGCAGCAGCAGCAGACAGCAGCAGGGUUGGCCCUCCUUGACAAAGAACAAGAGCAGCAGCAACAGGAGCAGCAAGAGAGUGCGGUGUCGCAGCGGCUGCUGCUGCAGCUGCGGGCGCAGCAGGCCUACGAACUCUCUGCAGCAAAACUAAAAAGCCAGCAGCAAACAGAAGCCACGCAAACAACAGACAGCAGCAGCAGCACAAACCCUUCCCUUUCUUCUUGGGCAGACCCCACAGACCCCCGCAUCAACACUACCAGCAGCAGCAGCAGCAGCAACAGCAGCAGCAGCAGCAACAGCAGCAGCAGCAGCUACCUUAAAGACGACUGGCAUACUUUAGCAGCUGAGUAG